CUGUUCUUGAUCAGCGACAACCUUGACACCGAUGGAUUGCCUGGAGCUCAAUAUACAUCAGAGAAUUUUGAACGACAUUGCCGCCAAUGUCGGCGAAACUGCAGAAGAUAUUCGAUAUGUCAAUUCGGCCAUCACUUCCACAGUUCAAACUCGAGAUUCGGUGACGGGAAUAAAGGACGCAGAUAUGAAUGGUAUCAUAGCUGGAGAGGAACUUCAGAAGGUUUUCAUGCCAGCGUCUCGGGCACACUGCAAUAUUGCCUUCGGAGAACUUGUUUCCAAUUUUUCUGAAUCUCAUAUUACCGAGGCUGUUGAUACCCUGAUGCCGAUUCUCAUUGACAUCCUUCGAGACAUCCCCAAUGUCGACUUCGACAAGAGUCUCUCCUGGGAAGAUUGGGCACUUCCUGACCAAUUGGUAUAUUCGACCAUUUCGGCGCUCCUUAGAAUCUCCCGCACGCAUAAAGAGUACAGCGAUGCUACCACAGAUGCUAUAGUAGCAUUCAUUCAUGGCGUUGUCGAGAAGAUUAAAGCAUAUGACGCGCUUGACACGCUCACCCAACUUAUGCCCGCUCUGCAUGGUUUCUAUCGUGCAAUAAGCUCCAGAUACUUCGGUUGGACACUUGAUCAAUGGGGAAAGCUCUUUACACCCCUCAAUGCUAUAUGCGAACCCAAUGUCGUCGAUCGAUUGAACACUCUACUAGUCGACAUCAUUCAGUCCGAGGACGAAGAUGGCGAAGAUGCAGAAACAUUACAGUUCGCCCAGACGUUCAUGACUCGCUACAUAUCUUGUGGACGUCCUCUUAGUGGAUAUUUUAUUGUGUGUUGCAUCAUCGAAACCUCAUGGACGAUCUUGGCGCAAGUACUUGCUCCACCUGCUACUGCUUUCACCGACAGGAACUCAGAAGCCGCAGCUGCUAAUAAGGCUUGGAACUCACUCAUGCGUAAAGCUGCAGUCGAAAUCGAAUCUCCAAGGGAGAAUGUAGUCGAAGCCCUGAAGAAAGCGAUCAAUUAUAGCAUGCAAUGCUUUAACGAUCUGCUGAUGCAGGUUGAGGAGAUGGACACUGAGCCAUCGAUCGAUACAUACACAUGGGAAACUAUGUCCGAGAGCUUGAAACUGGCUACCAUCUGUUCGGUGGUCCUCAAGGAAAUUAAUGACAAGCUGUACCCUCGAAUGCUGUUUCUCCUUAGUGAUAAAUCUCCCAUCUGUGAUCAUCUAGUCCAGGAAGCAGCUUUGAAAGCCGCUACGAUCCUCGUUCAGAACUUUCCAGACAUCGCACCCCAAAUGGCAUCUCACUUACGACGAUUUGUCACUUCGCCCGUGCCUCUCUUUGAGUUUGAGUUUGCAGCAGAAUCUCGAGCCCCCCCUCCGCUCGCUGCCGCCGCAAAAUGCUUGGCGUUAUCCAUCAAGAAGGCUCCCGGGGACGACCUCAUCAUGUCUAACAUGUACUCCCUUCUCAAUUAUAUUGCUGCCACAAGCAAGGAAAUCUCAGACUCAAACGCGUCGCACGCCAUGAAUAACCCCCUUCGGAGUUCUGUUGAUCGGUCCUCUAUCCUAUCCACGGAUUCCGUAGGUGGUCUAUCUGAAGGUGAAAGACGACUUGUUGGAAUCACCACCAUCUCAGUCGUAACGAAACUCGCACUUGAAUUUGAUUCCGAAGAGGUUACACGGCUGACUAUCUCUAUGCUGCUGCAACGGUUGCGUUCCGCAGAACCAACCGUCGAAGCUGCUAUUGCAUACAAUCUUGUGGAUCUGGCCGUGUCAGCGCCCGAAAGUUCAUUUGUGGAUAUAAUAAGGAUGUUCUCUACAAUCAACCGGUCGGCCAAUCCUGAAGACCCCAGGUUCUCCAAUAACAUGGUCCUAGCCGCGCAAACAAGAUUGGCUCAAGAACUCCAUCGACGCCCUGAAUUAUACGAGCUGUACCUUGUCGAGCUUCUAACUCUUUUUUCUGACAAGGGAGUCGCAAUCCAAAAUGCCAAAAUCGCUGAUCACCAUGCAAAGAUCGACAACAUGACUGAACAGCUCGCAGGGUUGCUUCUGCCCAUCGAUGCACUCCUGUCCCACAAAGACUUUAAUCCACAGAUCGACACACAACCAACUUUGGUGUCGCUCUUCCGCUGCACUUGGUUCCUCUGCGUUCUAUUUCACUUCACUGUAGAUGAGAAGGAAGUGAAUGCAAUGGAGUGGCUGAGGCCUGCGUUGGCACGUAUCGCUGUUAAGACUCCUGCGACGGUUUGGGAGGAGUCCCAUGAGUCAGUUACAAGUGAUGUGGAGUACAACACCGUUAUAAAACAAGAUUAUGCUGAAACGGUCAUUCAGAAGCACCGCGGUUCACUCACGAAACACAUUUCACUUCGCAGCAGUGAUAUUCGAUACCUCUCCUGCGGGCAAGUGAUAUUCCUGUUGACUAUGCUCGACAUGGAGAGUAUGCGCUCCGCUGCAGGUCUUCCUUCGUCCUUGGUCGGUUACUUUGUGAAUGACGUUUUAAAUCGACGUCCUGGUUUAAGUGCAUGUAUGGAAUCCAUCGCUGAGAAGGUCAUUCGAGGUUCCAUCCCAGACUUGAACACGCAAGCGUCACAGCAAGCCCUUCCGGAUACGCUCUCUUUUGAACUUCAGAAGCUUCUUAUUUUAAGCACACAUCGUAUAGCGAAGGCUCGGGAUGUCGCUUCCAAGUUUCUCAACCGCUUACUGUCCUCAUUCCCGUCCUUGAUGUGUGAUCCACCCUUAGUAUUCGCCAUCUUGGAAACUCUGACUCUCCUCCGCCGUGCCUGCGAGAACGAGUUUGUCGACGAGUUCAACCCUAUCUACGAAUAUGAGUCUGACAGGAUGGAUAAUAUAGCCUUCCAGCUGACUGAUAACUAUGAGGUCCGCAAUGACAUACUAGCUCAGUUGCAGAGGAAUGCGAAUACAUGGUUCGAGUUGGCGCUCAGUAGGGCGCCAGUGGAACUACAAUCUACCUUACAGAAAUAUCUUGCAGUUGGUCAAACUACCACCGGUCCCUCGGAUGCCACAGAGCUAGGUGCUUCCAUAGCAGAACAAUUCGCCAAAUCUGUUGGCCCCGUGAGUCGCCAACUCAUGGCACUCUCGAACUUGUCUCCCUGGAAAACCGACAAAGCCAAAGUUCUUGCCAGUCAAAUUGCUAGCAAGUCGUACUUCUCUGGCGAAGUUGCAGGUCUCAGGUUGGCCAGUCGAUCUGUUUCGGAACAAAUUGAACUGCUACCUCCUGAGCACGCUCCUUCUGCAGAAAUCGGUGCCUUGAAAGACAAACUUUCACGUUCGAUGAAAGAGAUCAGAGGCAAGUCUAGCAGUUUGACUGUGCAAGAUAUGAAGCGACUGUUGUUCCGCUGCGCUGCCACCUUGAUUUCAUUGCCACAGUGCGAUUACGAACUAUUACACUACCUUGUUUCUCUCCCUUUCGAAGUUUCCACGCCUUCUUCCAUUUCUGCCGCCAUCGAGGUUUGGACCUGGGUCAUUGCAGAGAAGCCAACCGUUGAGGUCGCGAUAAUGGGUGAAAUUGUCUCCGCAUGGUCCGAUACGAUCCGACUUGAAAAAGGGUUGUUUUCGCCGAGUAUCAACCACGAAGAUCCCUUCUUUCACCCUAUCAGUUACAGCCCCACCACCAAGGAGGAGAUCGACCGGGAUGGAAACAACGCCCGUCGCCUGAUUAAUCCACAUUCACUCGUGUUACAGAUGCUCUUCAGUCGGUUACAAGCUGCAAGAUACAGGCGUCCUGGGGUGAUGUUCUUGAUCCAACAUCUGGUGCUGCGAUCAGCAAGGGCACAUAAAUCUUUGAGCACCCAUGCUCUUGCGCGUGAAGCCCGCUUCUCUUUCCUCUCCUUUGGUUUUGAGACCCUGAGGAGUUCACACCUCGAUUCUGUUUGUGAGAGCACUUUACGGGAAAGUUUAUACGGCGCUGCCUAUUCGUGGUUCUCUGUCCGUCCCCAAUGGUCCUAUGGAUCCAACCGCGUCCAGCUUGACGCGGAUGUACGGGUCCUCUCAGAAUUCUUGUCAUACCUUCAAACGGAUUCUAUCCGAUCGACGUUGGCUAUCACAAGCUUAGCGCCCGUUCUGUUGACCUCGCGUGCUGCUUAUUACUCCGGUCGUCUCAAAGAAAUGAAUCAUCCACUUCGGCUGUUGGUCGAAAACGAACUUUUCCGUCUCUCUGUUUGGGCCAAUCCUAUCAUUGAUCCAAAGCGUGGCGCAGAUCAUGUCAGCACGAUAGUUGAACAUUCCUGGACGAGUGUCGUUCGGACGGUUUGGCACAUCGACCCAGCAAUCUCGAUUCACUUUGCGGAACGAUUCAAGGUGCCCAGCUUGCGCAAUGAAGUGGCCAAACUUGUUCGAUCCUCCUGCGUCGACGUUCUCGGAGUCCCGGAAGCUAUCGGGUUUUUGUUAGGAGACAGGAUGGAACCCAUCAUAAACAGAGACCUAAAGCUUCUCAUAUUAUGGGCGCCCGUACCGCCCGUAAUAGCCAACACUUUCUUCGAACCACGAUACAAAAAUGACCCGCUUGUCCUGCAAUAUGCUCAUCGAGUACUGGAGCAACAUCCCGUUGACCUUACCUUCUUCUAUGUUCCGCAAAUGGUUCAAGCUCUUCGAUAUGAUGAACUCGGAUACGUAUCACGAUUCAUUUACGAAACAGCGAAGAUUUCGCAACUUUUCUGCCACCAGAUCAUCUGGAACAUGAAAGCGAACACUCACAAGGACGAUGCUGGAGAAGAGGAGGAUCCACUCAAGCCUACUCUGGACGCCAUGGUCGAUAUGAUAGUGCAUUCGCUGUCCGGAGACGCGCGAAGUUUCUACGACCGCGAAUUUGGAUUCUUCCAUGAAGUUACCUCAAUAUCUGGGAAGCUAAAGCCGUUCAUUACUAAACCAAAGCCAGAGAAAAAAGCCAAAAUAGAUGAAGAAAUGUCGAAGAUUGUGGUCGACGUGGGGGUCUAUCUUCCGAGUAAUCCCGAUGGAGUUGUGAUAGACAUUGACAAGAAGUCAGGUCGCCCUUUACAGAGUCAUGCCAAGGCACCGUUUAUGGCGACAUUCAAAGUUCGAAAGGAAAAAGUGGUGAUUGACCGUGACCCUGAUUCUCUUCUCGAUAGCGAUGGCGCUGGCGUCGAGAAACGCGAGGAAUACGAGGUCUGGCAGCAAGCUAUCUUCAAAGUCGGAGAUGAUUGCAGGCAGGACGUACUUGCUUUGCAGAUCAUAGCCAUGUUCAAGAAUAUCUUCACGAGUGUCGGUCUGACCCUUUAUCUCUUCCCCUAUCGAGUCAUCGCCACUGCUCCUGGGUGCGGAGUAAUCGACGUUGUCCCGAAUUCCACCUCCCGCGACGAAAUGGGGCGAUCGAAGGUUAACGAUUUAUCGGGCUUCUUUGCAUCAAAAUAUGGCGGACAGAAUGCUGUUGCCUUCCAGCAAGCUCGCUUGAAUUUCAUACAAUCUAUGGCAGCGUACUCCGUAGCUUCCUACAUCCUCCAGAUCAAAGAUCGUCACAAUGGGAAUAUCAUGAUAGACGGCGAAGGUCACAUUGUUCACAUAGACUUUGGUUUUCUAUUUGACAUAGGUCCCGGAGGCGUGAAAUUUGAGCCAUCGUCAUUCAAACUAAACCGCGAGAUGAUCGACCUAAUGGGCGGUCGAUACUCCCAAGGUUACCAUAUCUUCCAACAGCUGACUGUCAAGGCUUUUCUUGCCAUCCGGCCUCAUGCUGAUCAGAUCGUGGACAUGGUACAAUUAAUGCUCAACUCAAGCUUGCCUUCAUUCAAGGGAGAAGGAACAAUUAAGAGACUUCGAGACCGAUUUGCACUGGGUUUGAAUGAACGACAGGCGGCUGAGUAUAUGAUGGGUGUCAUUAAGAACGCACAAGAGAACAUACGGAGUACAGCUUACGAUGCGUUCCAGUUGAUGCAAAACGGCAUUCCGUACAAGGGGAGUUUACUACCACUAACCAACUAACGAUUUCAACGACGACAUGAGGUUAGAUGGAACUGAAUAUGGCACGAUGGAUUCGUGUUGGCUUUACAUACUAUAUACAGUUGAACCUCCCAUAAUGCAUAUAUAACUUUUUUUUUUGCCUUCACCAAAUUCACAGUACCCGGUUACCUUUCUCAAGCUCAC